AUGACAGAAUUUGUUUCUUUUACUAUUCAAUUGCAUGAUAAGUCGGCAUGCAAUCAAAAACGUUAUAAUACCAAUUUAGCCAUUGCUACUGAAAAACACAUAAAUAAAAACAAAAUAAAAGGCGUUGCUUGUACAAGCAAUUGUGAAACACUAAAUUGUUCAAUUUUUGGUAAAUGUUCCCAGUGUAUUAUAGGGUAUUACUUGGACAACAAUAAAUGUUAUUCUUGUCAAACGAUAAAUGGUUGUAAAGAUUGUGAACCAACCAAAAAAGAAUGUUUAACAUGUGCUGAUAAUUACUAUAACAGUAGUAACACAUGUUUCACUUGUAGUUCAAAAACAGAGGGAUGUUUAAAUUGUGAUAAAACAAAUGGUAAGUGUCUUUCAUGUGUAACUGGCUAUUUCUUUGAAAAUGGUGUUUGUAACAAAUGUAACAAGAUAUCAUAUUGUGAAAGUUGUGAACCCACAAUCCGUGCGUGUACCAAGUGUGUUAUUGGUAAUUACUUAUCUUCGGGGAAGUGCUUUCCUUGUAAUAAUAUCAAUGGAUGUGUAACAUGUUCUCAAAAUGAAAUGAAAUGUAAUUCAUGUCUAGACACUUUUAAUUUGAUUAAUAAUGCUUGUCAAUGCAAAUUGGGGUAUUAUCAAGUCAAAAAUUUGACGUGUUCAAAAUGCUUUUUAAACAAAAACAAUUGUAAGUUGUGCCAUUUUAACACCGUAUUAAAUGACGAUUCUUCGUUGUGUGAUGAGUGUUUUUCUCCUUAUGUCUUGAUUAAUAAUACAUGUUUAAAAUGUUCAAAUAAUCAAGUUUACAAUUUAGAAUUAAAAAUUUGCGUUGAAAAAAUCACCAAUUGUGUAACUCAAAAUGUUCCAGAAUUGUGUCUUGAAUGCAGGUCUAAGUAUUAUCUUAGAAAUGGAAGUUGUGUAUCAAAUUUGGAUAUAAACUGUCAUUCACAAUCGAAAGUGAAUUGUGAAGACUGUGGCAAUGGUAUAUUAUCAAACGGAUAUUGCAACUUCUCGUUACCUUAUUGUAAAUAUUAUGGUAAACUGAGUUCAGUGACAAAAUGUCUAAUGUGUAAUGAUGGAUAUAUAUCAACUGAUGGUCUUACAUGCAUUCCAGUUGAUCUAAAAACUAUUGUAAUUAAUGAAAACUUUGUAUAUUGUGGUAAUAAUUCUUUUGUUGACAAAAACAAUGUCUGUCAUUUGUGCAAUUUGAUAAUUUUCAAUUCAGAAAUAUGCACUUUUACAAACAAUCAAAAUACUGCGUUUUUAUGUUCCCCAAAUUUUGCAUUAAGUUAUUAUAAUGCAACUAAAAACUGUUUUAAUGACAAAAAUUGUGAAAUAUAUACAAUGAAUGAUUGUAUUCAAUGCAAUUCGAAUGUUACAAAUUAUAAAAAACAAAAUAAUUCUUGUGUGCUUUCUUUUAUAGAAAAAUGUAUAAAAUACAAAGAAAAUUUGUGUGAAAAAUGUCAAACAGAUUAUUUGAUUGUGAAUAACAAAUGUGUAAGUAUUGCUUAUCUCAAUUGUUAUUAUGGAAAUGGCGUUACUUGUAUCAAGUGUUAUGAAGGUUAUUCGAGAAAUGAUGACAGUUCGAUAAAUAACAAAUAUUGUGUUUAUAAUACUCAAAAUGUCAAAUAUUCGCUUCACACAAGUAACAAUCAAAAUAGCAUAAUAAAAAAUUUGGAAUGUUUCUCCAAUUACAAUUUAAUAGAUAAUAAAUGUUUAAAAACUUUAUUUGUAACAAUGAAAAGUGUUAUUAAUUUGAAAAAUUAUCCCUAUAUAAUUAGAAACACAAAUAAAAAAUACCAAAUACAUAACAUUAGUAAUUAUACUUAUAAAAUUAACAUAAAAGAAUUUCACAAGUUGUCUAAUGGAAAUUGUCAAGAUAAUAGUCCAAAAGGAUGUUUAAAAUGUUAUCCACAGUAUUAUUUAAAUAGUUUGAAUGAAUGUGUAUCAUGUAAUAAUAACGAUUCCAACUGUUUCGAAUGUUUUAACACAACUUAUUGUUUAUCGUGUGAUGUUUCAACUUCUUUUUUGAAUUACGAAAAUCAAUGUGAGUUAUCAAGUGCAUUACAAUUACGAUGUAAAUACAUGAUUCCUAAAGAAAAAAGAUGUGCCGUGUGUAAGGAUGGGUAUUACAAAGAUAAAAAUGAUUGUGUAUCAUGUGAUACUUCGUGUGCAAAAUGCUUAGUAAAAACAAGUUGUAUAUCUUGCAAAGACAAUUAUUAUAAUAUUCCAAGUGAAGGACUUUUAUGUAAAGAUUAUUCGUUAUUAACAAACUGUAUUACAAAAACACAAAAGGGGUGUAAAAAGUGCGAAGUUGGGUAUUACAUUCAAUAUACAAUCCCCAAGUGUGAACAAUGCCCAGAAACAUGUUUCAACUGUUCUUCACCUAUGAAUUGUUAUUCAUGCAAAACUGACUUCGUUUUAAUCAAUGGAAAUUGUGUCCAUUAUACAGAAGUUGCACACUGUAAAAGAGCUAAAAAUAGUAUUUGUGCGUAUUGUUCCCCAAGUAAGAAACCAUCGCCUGAUGGUACUACUUGUGUAAACAACGCACUGAUAUCAGUUUUAAUACCAAUUUUGGUACUCAUAUUUCUAUGUGUAGUUGCAAUUAUAAUAUUAAUACCUACAAUAUACUUACUCCGUUUAUACUUAAAACAAAAGAAAGUUGAUAAAAAGAUUUGUGUUUUUAAUAUGAAGAAGUCAAAUAUUUCUUUUGUCAAAUUGGACAAGCAAAUUUGCACGAACAAAAAUCCACUUGUUUUUGAAGGAGAAAACACCAAUGAAAUACCAAUCGACAAAGAAACACGAGAACUUUUAUGUGUUGGCAAUUGCAGUAAAAAUCCAGUAAAAAUGCAGAUAAUAAUUAAACAAGGCAGUGACCAAUUUGUCCUCCGAACUGAACCAAAAAUAGUGACACUCAAAAGUGGAUUUGCAUGUGAAUUUGAGAUGUACAUAAAACCAAACUUCAGUUGCAUAAUAGACGAAGAAAUAGCUUGUGUCAUUCUUGAUCUUACUGAGAAUCGUGAGAAUGUGGAUAUGAUCAAA